AUGUGUUUAACGCAUUCAAAAUGCUACAAAGGAUAGCACCUCUUCUGGGCACUUGCAGUUGCGCUUCCAGCAAUGAUAGUAUGGGGUCUUGGUAUCCCUUUUUUCGGUUUAGCUUUAUUACUAAGAAGUAAAAAGAAAUUGGAUCAGAUAAUAACAAGAUAAAAGCUAGGGUUUUUAUUUCGAGGAUACAAGAGAAAGUAUUACUAUUGGGAGAUAGUUAUUAUGUAUAGAAAGAUAUUCCUUAUUUUCAUUCAAGUUUUCUUGCUUCAAUACGGUAUCAUAACUCAAGCAAUGAUAGUUCUUAUUUUACUGAUAGGCUUUAUGGCUUUGAAUCUAACUCUAAGACCUUUUUAGACAAUUUCAUUAAAUGACCUUGAAACAUUAUCCGUUAUUACUUCUCUGACAACAAUUUACUGCGGAAUAUUUUUUAUCGUCUCAAUAAACAAUAUUGAUGGAUCGUAGGAAACUUCUUAAGAUAGCUUUUAAUUUACUUCAAAUGCUGCAUUUUUUACUUUUUGGCUCUAUAAAAUGAUAAGAGAAAUUAAGAACUUGCUCAUUAAGAAGUUUGGAAAACUCUAUACUAUGAUUUGUCUCUGUGGAAAUCAAUAAUAGUAUUAGAUGAUAUUAGAAAAUGCUAUAAUUGUAGAAGAUAAUGAUAUUAUGAGAGAGCAGUUCUCUGAAACUCUGAAAUAAAUUGACUAAUUGUGUGAUAAUGGAGUAUUAGUAUUGAACAAAAAGUCAUUAGAAAAACUACAAUUGUAUCUCUCAAUAAGUAAAAUUUUAGAUGCUGCGGGUAUUAUGCCUAAAGUUUAAUAUGAUCCUAAUAAAUAUAAGCGUUUCGUUAGAAUAAAAUCAAGAGCUAAUAAAAAGUUAAUUGAACAGGGAAAAAGAUUCAGUAAAGAGAAAGAGAUAGAUGAUGAUUUGGAGGUUGAUAUUAACUUUUCUGAUUAGUAGUUAGAUAUGUCAUAUGACUAAUUUCUCUCAAACAAUCAUGAAUUCCUAAGUAACUUCGAAAAAUCAGCUAAUCAAUCAAAAUUCUAAACUGAUUUGAGUGAUUAUAACUAUUUGAAAAAAUUGGGAGAAUUUAAUCCUAUAAAAACUGAAAUUGAUUUUAUGUCGGAAAAAUACAGAAAAUCAUCUUUGACACCCAAUCUGUAGCAAAGAAAAGUCAAACUUCAUGCAGCCAAGGCUGAAUUAUAAAGCAAUGAAAUACCCAUUUCUAAUUUAAACUAGGAACUAAAAAUUUCAUUCGAUGAUAAUUUAUCGAAUCUUAUUUAUAAUCCUAACAUGCCUUAAACUUUCAAUCACAGUGUUAGAAUGCAAAGCUAUGAAAACCUUGAGAACCUGUUAGAGCAAGAAAUCAAUGAUAAUGAAUUGAAAUAGAUUGGUGUUACUAUUGAUUAAGAAAAUGAGAAGCAAUAUUUGAGUCUUUUCAAGAAAACAUCUGAGAAAUAGAGUGUGUAAAUACUUAAUAAUAUGACUACAAUUACUUCUUCAAGGUUCCAUAAAAAUAAAAUUACUCAUAAAAAGAAGAGGAUUAGAGAUUAGAGUGCUAAUGCAUUAAAGCUAGUUUAAAUUGAGAGAACCAAUGAAGAAAAGAACGAUGAAGUUGAUAAAGAUAAUAUUCUACUAGAUAAUAAAUUCCAGUCAAACUUAAAAAAGGAAAAUUUCCUUAUUUAAAAUUUUGAAGAAGAAAAAAAUGUCUCUCUUGAAUGGGAAACUGUAGGAACUAUAAGUAUUGAUUAGUUAAUCUCUAAAGACACACUUAUUACUAAUAAUGAUUUUUCUUGA